UUAAUUUAAUUUUUAAAUGGUUGAGAUAAAGAGAACAGAGUCUGAGUCUGCCUGGGAUCCUGGUGACAGCAAGGAAUGGAAUACGCCUAUUAAGCCACUGGAGGAGAAGUGGAAACUGGUGCCGGCAUUCUUGCAGGUCAAGGGAUUGGUAAAGCAGCACAUUGAUUCAUUUAAUCAUUUCAUAAACGUGGAUAUCAAAAAUAUUGUUCGAGCCAAUGAAAUAGUGACCAGUGGCGCCGAUCCGCUCUUUUACCUCAAGUAUCUGGAUGUGCGGGUUGGAAAGCCAGACAUUGACGAAGGCUUUAACAUAACCAAGGCAACCACACCGCAUGAAUGCCGGUUGCGAGAUACCACCUACUCGGCGCCUAUAAGCGUGGACAUUGAGUACACACGAGGCACGCAACGCAUUAAGCGCAACAACUUGCUCAUUGGACGCAUGCCACUUAUGCUAAGAUGCUCAAACUGUGUGCUCACCGGUAAAUCCGAGUUUGAGCUCUCAAAGCUAAACGAAUGCCCUUUAGAUCCGGGUGGUUAUUUUGUGGUGCGUGGUCAGGAGAAGGUGAUACUCAUACAGGAGCAAUUGUCAUGGAAUAAAAUGCUUACUGAAGACUUUAAUGGCGUGGUGCAGUGCCAAGUGACUUCAUCUACGCAUGAGAAAAAAUCGCGCACACUAGUGCUGAGCAAGCAUGGAAAAUAUUAUCUCAAGCAUAAUUCUAUGACGGAUGAUAUACCCAUAGUGGUUAUAUUCAAAGCCUUGGGCGUGGUUUCCGAUCAGGAAAUAAUGGCACACAUUGGUUUGGAUACACGCUCACAGAAUCGCUUUGGUGCCUCGCUGCUGGAAGCCUUCGGUUUAAAGAUAUUUACGCAACAGCGUGCGUUGGACUAUAUGGGUUCCAAGCUGGUGGUUAAGCGCUUUCAGAGCGCAACAACUAAAUCGCCGUCAGAGGAGGCACGCGAACUGCUGCUGACCACCAUAUUGGCGCAUGUGCCUGUGGAUAAUUUCAAUUUUCAAAUGAAAGCCAUCUAUGUGGCCCUAAUGGUGCGUCGCGUCAUGGCUGCCGAAUUGGAUAAGACACUCUUUGAUGAUCGCGAUUACUACGGCAACAAGCGCUUGGAGUUAGCUGGCUCCUUGAUGUCGCUGAUGUUUGAGGAUUUGUUCAAGCGCAUGAACUGGGAGCUCAAGAUGAUAGCGGAUAAAAAUAUACCCAAAGUAAAGGCAGCACAGUUCGAUGUAGUGAAGCAUAUGCGAGCAGCGCAAAUUACCGUGGGCCUGGAGUCCGCUAUUAGUUCUGGCAAUUGGACUAUUAAACGUUUUAAAAUGGAGCGCGCGGGUGUGACGCAAGUGCUCUCCCGUCUGAGCUACAUCUCUGCGCUGGGUAUGAUGACGCGCGUCAACUCACAAUUUGAGAAAACACGCAAAGUGUCUGGACCACGUUCGCUGCAGCCAAGUCAAUGGGGCAUGCUAUGUCCCUCCGAUACGCCUGAGGGUGAAGCCUGUGGCUUGGUUAAGAAUCUAGCACUAAUGACGCACAUCACCACCGAGGUAGACGAGCGUCCAGUGAUGACUUUGGCUUUCAAUGCGGGCGUAGAAGAUAUACGCGAAGUUAGCGGCAAUCCCAUAAACAAUCCCAAUGUAUUUCUGGUCUUCAUCAAUGGCAAUGUCCUCGGCUUGACACUCAACCAUCGCCAUUUGGUGCGCAACUUGCGUUACAUGCGCCGCAAAGGACGCAUGGGCAGCUUUGUAUCCAUACACACCUCCUACACGCAGCGUUGUGUCUUUAUACACACGGAUGGCGGACGCUUGUGUCGUCCUUAUAUUAUUGUGCAGGAUACACGACCCUUGGUGUUGCAGCGCCAUCUGGAUGAACUGCAGCGUGGCAUACGCAAGUUUGAUGACUUUUUGCAUGACGGACUGAUUGAGUACUUGGAUGUGAAUGAGGAGAACGAUUCGUUUAUUUCAUGGAACGAGCUGGAUAUUGAGCCGCAUACGACGCAUCUGGAAAUCGAACCCUUUACGCUGCUGGGCGUCUGCGCGGGCCUGGUGCCGUAUCCGCAUCACAAUCAAAGUCCUAGGAAUACCUAUCAAUGCGCUAUGGGCAAGCAGGCCAUGGGCAUGAUUGGCUACAAUCAAAAGAAUCGCAUUGAUUCGUUGAUGUACAACCUGGUCUAUCCACAGGCGCCCAUGGUCAAGUCCCGCACCAUUGAGUUGACCAACUUUGACAAGUUGCCCGCUGGCCAAAAUGCUACAGUCGCUGUCAUGAGCUACUCCGGCUACGAUAUUGAGGAUGCGCUCAUUUUGAACAAGGCCUCCAUCGAUCGUGGCUAUGGUCGCUGCUUGGUUUACAAAAACAGCAAGUGCACGGUGAAGCGUUAUGCGAAUCAAACAUUUGACAGGAUUAUGGGACCCGUAAAGGAUGCGCUUACCAAUAAGGUAAUUUUCAAGCACGAUGUGCUGGAUACGGAUGGCAUUGUGGCGCCUGGCGAACAGGUGCAAAACAAACAGAUUAUGAUUAAUAAGGAAAUGCCUGCGGUGACCUCCAUUAAUCCGCUGGAAGGUCAAUCCCAGGUGCCCUACACCGCCGUGCCCAUCAGCUAUAAGGGACCCGAGCCGAGCUAUAUCGAGCGUGUUAUGGUCUCUGCCAAUGCCGAGGAAGACUUUCUCAUCAAAAUCCUGCUUAGGCAGACACGUAUACCGGAAAUUGGCGAUAAGUUUAGCUCGCGGCAUGGACAGAAAGGCGUCACAGGACUCAUUGUGGACCAGGAGGAUAUGCCCUUUAAUGAUUUUGGUAUAUGUCCGGACAUGAUAAUGAACCCACAUGGAUUCCCCUCACGCAUGACAGUGGGCAAAGUGCUAGAGCUGCUGGGCGGCAAGGCGGGCGUGCUGGAGGGUAAAUUCCAUUAUGGCACUGCCUUUGGCGGCUCCAAGGCAGCGGAUGUGCAGGAGGAGCUGGUGCGACAUGGCUUCAACUAUAUGGGCAAGGACUUCUUCUAUUCGGGCAUUACAGGCGGACCGCUCGAGGCAUACAUCUACUCCGGCCCGGUGUACUAUCAGAAACUCAAGCAUAUGGUGCAGGACAAGAUGCAUGCCAGAGCACGUGGUCCCAAAGCGGUGCUAACAAGGCAACCCACUCAGGGUCGCAGUCGUGAGGGUGGUCUGCGUCUGGGCGAGAUGGAGCGGGAUUGUCUUAUAUCCUAUGGCGCCAGUAUGCUUAUUAUGGAGCGCCUUAUGAUAUCUUCCGAUGCCUUUGAGGUCGAUGUUUGUCGCACUUGCGGUCGUCUAGCGUAUUGCUCCUGGUGCCACUUCUGUCAGUCUUCGGCAAAUGUCUCCAAGAUAUCCAUGCCGUAUGCCUGCAAGCUGCUCUUCCAGGAACUGACCAGCAUGAAUGUGGUGCCCAAAUUGAUAUUGGAAAACUAUUAGCCGGUAAGAUUAUUUCAAAUGUUGAAA